CGAUCACUGUUAAAAUCGACGAGACGGGCUGCACCAGAGAACUUGUCAUCCGUCGGCAAUCGAAUCUUAGCCCGACCUAUGGCAACAUCUCCAUCUGAUGUUGCAGGAUCUCUACAAGAGUAUUUUCUAAACAAUUCUAGGUCAGCGUCUAAGUUGGCUUCCGCAUGUCGUCAAGCCCGGUCUAUCUCCGCCGUUGUGAACCGUCCGUCUCCGCUUCGUCCCUUCGUCUCACGUCGCUUUUAUUACUCUGAGCGUAGGUUUCUCGGCGUGAUUGACUCCAAGAUCCUUUCUGCUUUGAAAUCCGAUGAUCUCCACUAUAUUAAAGAGACGAUUCCAGAGAGCUUCCUUUUCAAUAUUGAAGAUGAUCCUCGAGCUCAGUUUGUGAGAUUCACUGGUGAAAACGUUAGGGAGGAACAUGUUCAAGUUUUAGCUUUCAUGCCUAGUCUUGUUGCUGAUGAACCAAUUAGUAUUAAACUAAUUGUAACUGUAACCAAGAAGAGCGGACUCUGCCUAGAGUUUAGCUGCACAGCUUUUGCUGAUUAUAUUAACAUAGAUAUUGUAUCAGUGAAUCAUCCGGGUGGUUUUUUUGAGGGAACACUGAAGAAUGAUUGGCAUUUCAAAGACAUGGACAAUGAUCUGAAGAAGAUGUUCUACGAGUAUCUGGAGACCGUAGUUGAAGCAAGCACAACGAAUUUCUUGCAUAAGUACAUGAUGAGCAAACUGAAGCGAGAGUACUUGGUAUGGUUGAAAGGUGUUAAGAAGUUUAUGAAAGAACCUAAGUGGUAUUAGGUUCGAUACCUAAGAGAAUCAGAAAUAUAAAAAUGAACGAACUCUCUUAUGUUUGUUGUUAGCAUUCAAAUGUGUUUUCGCAUUUUGCACAAUCUUUUGAGAAUUUAAUUAUGGUAAUGGCUUUCAAGUUUAGAUGCGAGUUUUGAUAUUCACUUCUGAUUCCCAAUGCCAGUCCAAACUCAAAUCCAAAGAUCUAACACUAGAAAGGUAUUGGUUGCUUACAACGACAAGAAGAUGAGAAGCUAAUAAAUAUUCAUCUUACUA